CCAUGCUGUCUUGGGGAGCGGCGGGUGGGCGGGCGCUGCGCUGGGCGAGCGGGCGGGCACCGGCCCGCGGGUUCCGCGCCUCUCCGCGGGCGCGGACCGCCAUGCCCAGCUGGGUCAUAGAUGGGUACGGCAGCAACGAGGUGCUGCGCUUCACCAGGGACAUGACGUUCCCCAUCAUACACUUCCCGAACGAGGUCAUCAUUAAGGUUCACGCUGCGAGCCUGAACCCCAUCGACCUCAGCAUGAGAAGUGGUUAUGGUGCAACCGCGUUAAAUAUGAAGCGGGAUCCCCUGAAACUCAAAGCUGGCGAGACUGAAUUUCCUCUGACACUCGGUCGAGAUGUCUCUGGUGUUGUUAUGGAAUGUGGACUGGGUGUGUCUUAUUUCAAACCUGGAGAUGAGGUGUGGGCAGCAAUUCCCCCAUGGAAACAAGGCACUCUGUCAGAGUUCGUGGUAGCUAGUGGAAACGAGGUAUCUUUUAAGCCAAAGUGUCUCAGUCACACAGAAGCUGCUGCCAUACCAUAUGUUGGUCUCACUGCGUGGUCUGCACUUAACCAAGUGGGAGGACUGAACCAAAGCAAUUGUAGUGGAAAAAGAAUAUUAAUAUUAGGAGCUUCAGGAGGAGUUGGUACAUUUGCUGUACAGCUAAUGAAGGCCUGGGAUGCUCACGUGACAGCAGUUUGCUCUCAUGAUGCCAGCACACUGGUGAAAAAGCUUGGAGCAGAUGAUGUGAUUGAUUAUAAAUCUGGAAAUCUGGAAGAACAGCUUAAAACAUUACCCUUGUUUGAUUUUAUCCUAGAUAAUGUUGGUGGAUCCACUGAGAAGUGGGCACUAGAUCUCUUGAAGAAGUGGUCAGGAGCAACGUAUGUUACCUUAGUGACACCUUUCCUGAUCAAUAUGGACAAACUUGGAGUGGCUGAUGGCAUGUUGCAAACAGGAGUCACUGUUGGUUCCAAAACUCUAAAGCAUCUCCUUAAAGGAGUCCAUUAUCGGUGGGCAUUUUUCAUGCCAAGUGGCCCAAGUUUGGAUGAGAUAGCAGAACUGGUGGAUUCUGGAAAGAUUCAACCAGUUAUUGAUGAAGUCUUCUCAUUUUCUGAAGUUCCAAAGGCCUUUCUGAAAUUGGAAGGAGGACAUGCACGUGGAAAAACAGUGAUCAAUGUAAUUAGUGGACAAUAAAGUAUCUCAAUUCAUUA